CGGCGAAGUCGAACUCUGACUCCCUCUGAACUCGCCGAUUUUCUUCUUCCACUUCGAAAGUCUUCGUCCUCUACUUCCCUGGGCUUCUUCGUCUUGUACUUCCGAAGAAAUUGUAUAAGUUCAAGCUCAUCCAAGGUUUGCAUACUGGAUCCGCCACUGGGGGAGAGGAUAAAUGGAGGCGGCCAUGGCCUUGGGCAGAGGCGCAGCCAAGGACGGCCUUAGAAUUGAUUGGGAGGAUCAUUCGGGGAACAAGAAAACCAUGUUUCCGUUACCGUGUACCUUGUUUCAGGUAAUGCUGCAGCCACCUCGUCGUCACCGACUAACUGUAUGUGCAAGCUCGGAGUUGGAUGGGGCAAAAGGCUCUGGAACCACAGCUAGAGGACGCAGACUUCUUAAAAUUCGUGAAGAUAAGAGGAAGCGCGAGUAUGAUCGCCUUCACAACUAUCCUGCUUGGGCCAAAGUGUUAGAAAAUGCAUGCAAAGAUGAUGCUGAGUUUAGAGCCCUUCUGGGAGAUAGCAUUGGAAACCCUGACCUCAUGAGGAAAAGGGUUGAAGAAAGAGUUCGCCAGAAGGGCAGGGACUUCCGCAAAUCAAAAACCGGUUCAGUCCUUGCCUUCAAAGUCUUAUUCAGAGACUUCAAUCCCCUUGAUUCCUACAUUUGGUUUGAAUUCUUUGGACCACCAUCUGACCGUGAUGUUGAUCUCUUUGGAAGUGUUAUUCAGUCGUGGUAUGUUCUGGGACGCUUGGGUGCCUUUAAUUCUACUAAUCUGCAGUUGGCAAACUCAUCUAUGGAGUACAAUCCCCUGUAUGAUGUGGAUAAGGGUUUCAAAGUGAUGCCAUCUUCAUUUCAUGAGAUCAGUGACAUUGAAUUUCAGGAUAACUGGGGUCGUGUUUGGGUAGACCUGGGUACAGCUGACUAUUUUGCUGUUGAUGUACUCCUCAACUGCUUUAUAGUCUUAAGUUCAGAAUAUAUAGGCAUUCAGCAGAUAGUUUUUGGUGGUCAGAAAAUGGGUGACUGGGAAGAAGGCAUGACCAACGCAGAGUAUGGAUAUAAGUACUUCAAGAUAUAGAUCAUCUAAUGUCCAACUUUUUGUAUCACAUUGAAGUUUCCUCUACCAGACGUGGUUGUUUCAUUAAGACUCUAUAAGGAUAUGCUCUUACUCUUAUAAUUGUCUUUCUGAUUUGCAAAAUCAUUCUCAAAAGAUUUUACCACAA